UCGCUGCGAAUCUUGAAAAUGGCUGCUUCAUACCAACUUCGGUGCCAAAUUUUUGGUCAUGAAAAAGAUGUUAGGGCAGUUACUGCAGCAAUUUUACCUGAAAAUGCCAUUGUUUCAGGAUCAAGAGACCUAACGGCACGGGUUUGGGUGCCGAUCGAAGGAGAAAAUGGUUUUCAAGAGGGUCACUGUAUGAGUGGACACAGUAAUUUUGUGGCAAGUGUUUGCUGCUUACCUCCAGAUGACAAACAUCCACAUGGACUUAUAUUUACUGGCAGUAAUGAUUCAACCAUUCUAGCUUUCACACUUGAUUCACCACAGCCACUAUAUAAACUUGAGGGACACACUAGCACAGUGUGUGCCCUUGCUUCUGGAAAGUUUGGUACAUUAUUGAGUGGUUCCUGGGAUAAAACAGCUAAAGUAUGGCUCUCACAGAAAUGUGUGAUGACACUGGAAGGUCAUGGGUCAGCAGUAUGGGCUGUGGCUAUAAUGCCGGAACAAGGUACAAUGUUGACUGGCUCAGCUGAUAAAACAAUCAAAGUAUGGAAGGCCGGCAAGUGUGUAAACACAAUCAAAGGGCACGAGGAUUGUGUGCGUGGUCUAGCAGUAACACAGGGUAGUGAGUUUCUCUCCUGUUCUAAUGAUGCUACAAUCAGGCGGUGGCUUCUGUCUGGUGACUGUCUCCAGGUCUAUUAUGGUCAUGAGAACUUUGUCUAUAGUAUUGCUGUUUUACCGAAUGGUCAGGAUUUUGUGACCAGUGGAGAGGAUCGUACAGUGAGGGUUUGGCGUAAUGGAGAGAAUACACAGACCAUAACACAUCCUACAUUGUCUAUAUGGACUGUGUGUACUCUAGUUAACGGAGAUAUAGUAUCUGGUGCCAGUGAUGGUACUAUACGAGUGUUUACCAAUGAUCCAAAGAGAAUUGCCUCCACAGAGGAACUGAAAGCCUAUGAUGAUCAAAUAGCAGCCUCACAGGUUCCUCAAGAUAUCAAACCAGAGCAAUUACCAGGUCCAGAGGCACUUAAUAAUCCUGGUACGUAUUUCUGCCUUAAAAUGAGGAAAGGUUGUGAUACACUUCCAUUGUACAAUAGGACUCUUUUUGAAAAUAAUUGUCCUUUGGAAUUAAUCUUUGAUAGAAAAGAGAAAGUGUGUCUGUGUUCAGGUACAAAAAGGGACAGACAAAGUGGUACGCAAUGCAAGUGGGAAAAGGUUGAACUCUACAGCUGGGAUAGAACUGUGCAACAAUGGAAGAAGGAGUAUGAUUAUGUGUUCAGUGUAGACAUUGAGGAAGGCAAGCCACCACUAAAACUCCCUUACAACAUUUCCGAGGACCCGUGGUUUGCUGCACAAAACUUUAUCUCCAACAACAAUCUCAGUCAGUUAUUCCUGGAUCAGGUUGCCAACUUUAUCAUUGAUAAUACGAAAGGCGUCACUCUGAAUCAAAGUUCAGGAUAUUCUGAUCCAUUUACAGGGUACAAUAUAUUUCCUGGAUCAGGCAGUGAUACCUCCAGGGUGGUGGUGCUGCCCCAUUCACAGGAGCGGGGAGGGCUUAACCAACUGUAUGAAGGUGAAAGAAAGGGAAGAGGUCGACUUGGGCGUCUCGAGGGGAUGAUGAAACAAGUUCUACCAUCAGAUGAUGAUCUCAAUACCCUUAAAGCAGUUCUAGAAUGGCCGCCUAAUAUUGUAUUCCCUGCUAUAGAUGUGCUAAGAAUCACUAUCAAAUUCCAAGAAGUCAACCAACCAUUCUGUGCUUCCUCAAAUAUCCUCGAGGAAAUGUUUAAAUAUUGGUCAGAUGACUCGCCAGCAGCCAAUCAGAUUCUUAGCCUGAAAGUAGUAUGCAACAUGUUUGCUCAGCCACAGGGGUUCAAACUUUGUAUGGAUAAUAGAGACAAAACACUCACUAGAGCUCUCAAUUUGAAACAAUCAAAAAACAAAAAUGUUCAAAUUUCUCUUGGCACUUUGCUGUUGAAUUACUCCGUUGGGUUAUUUGGAACUCUAGAUUUGGAGGGAAAAUCGCAAACUCUUGCAGCAGCUGUAGAAUGUAUGAAAGUGAAACCGGAUGUUGAAGCGGCUUUCAGGAUUUUUAUCGCCAUGGGAACACUGAUACACAAGGAUGAAAGUGUUCUUAACCUUGCUCAGUCAAUGAAUGUGAUGCCACUGAUAGGAGAUUUCUUAAAUGUCCACAAUCCAAAGAAGGUUGGGGAAUGUGCUGGUCUUUUAGCAGAGCUGUUCAGAUAAAAUAGGUUCAAAAUAGCUGUUCACAUAGUUCUUACAAAUCUGCAAUCAACUGUGCUACACAGUGCACAUGUUUUAGUUAUCAGGAAAAAUAUGGUACUCUUAGACUUUAUGAAAGUUCAAGGGUAAGGACAUCAUCUCUUCUAAACUUUCCAGUAAGUGCAGUAGUGUCCAGUAUGCCCUGUAAAUUUUUUUCCAUUCUUAUAAAAAUUUAAAAGUGUUCCGAGUAGUUUCACUAAGAUAAGAUAAGAAGUAAACAAAACUGAUUCGGAAAGUCUUGGGCGUUAUCUCUUUGGAAGCCCAACAACGUUUAUGUAAAUUGUUUAUGAAACUGUAAAAAAAUCUGAAAUAUUGAAAUGUGAUGUGAGAAAGAAGAAAUUGAGCUGUACUUUGUACUGAACACCUAAAAUAUCAACAUGGAACUAAUUCUUUAAGUACACUUUUCUUUCAGUUUUACAUUUUUGGCCUUUCUAUGUUGAUUUAGAGUUAUGCAGCUUUAACAUUACUUGGACUUGACAAAAACCUGAAAUAUUAAGAUAUGCUGUCUUAAGGACUUGACUUAUAAAGUGUUGUUCUGCUUGAUGUAAUGUUAAUUUUAGUUGUCAACUUAUUUCUCUGCCAUUUGCACAGAUGGCAGUUAAACACUUUAUCAAGAAUGUGCUUUAUUAAUGACAGAAACUUUUGGUGCAUUUUAUCUAGUUGUAUGUGAUACAUAUUACUGUGUAGAAGGAGAAGCAUUUGAUAGGUUUGAAAAUUGUAAUGAAAUAUUUCCACUGUUUGAAUAGAUUCAUUAAAGUAUUUAUUUAUGA